GGGAGCAAAAUGGCAGAAGGCAGCGUGGCUAGCCAACCCCAAAUCUUUGUGGUGGACAGCCCCGCCAGUUUCUUGCCCCUGCACAGACCUGUGAAAAAAACACAGUGGAUUCCGACAGGGCACAAGUUUCUUCUCCUGCUGGUGGCGCUGGCCAUGCUGGGACUUGUUGUUGAAGGAUGUUUUGUCUAUAAACUUUACAGGAAAACAGAGGCAUUUUCCAUCUGCGUGUCAGAUCCUCUCUGUCGAAACACGUCCAACUAUAAAUCAUCUGCCCGGGAGGCUGGCUCCACAAAAGGUCAAGUGGCAUCUGAGUGAAGCUCCAAUGAAGUUCACCCAAUACAAACUCUGCUGGGACCUAAACCCUUCGCACACCUGAUGUGUAAAAGCAAUCCUGUCGGGGAAAAAAAUGUGGUGCAGUGGAUUGACAAAGAUGGCGACGCCAUCACCCAUCAAAUGAGCUACAACAAUGGCCGCCUGUUUGUGGAGAAGGAUGGUUUCUACUACCUCUACUCCAAAGUGCAGAUUAACGCUGCAGAGGUGUGUUCUCUCAUCCAGCACAAGGUGAUGAAAGACACCAAGGCAUAUGACCAAUCUAUAGAACUGAUGAAGUCAAAGAGGUCACGCUGCUGGACCCCAAAACCUUCAGGUGUCAAGUCAUCAGAAGGUGAAGACAUAUGGGACAGUUAUCUGGCGGGGAUCUUCCACCUACAGUACGGAGAUCAAAUUUUUGUCACAUUAGAUAGUAUAGAAAAGUUGCGCCCUGGACCGACUGAAAAUUUUAUGGGCGCUUUCAUGAUAGCUCCAGGGAGCGUAGAAGCAAAACCAACGACAACAUUUGUCUCAUUGUGA